AUGCCUUCUGGCGGCAAGUGUGCAUGUUUUUCUAAGCUGGCUCAGCUUCACGCAACGGUGGUGGAUGAGUUUCAUCCGUGCAAAGAGCAGAUCUAUGAAGCGCGUCUCUCUCAGCUCCAGGGAACGAUAGAUGAGUUACAACUAAGGAAUGACGACUUACGAGCUCAACUUGCUGAUAUCCAUUCUAAGAUAGCAUGUGACCCAUUUUUGACGAGCAAGUUCCAGGGUGUGACUUCCAGUGUUCACCAUGGUUCAUCUCGGUCUAAUGGUUUUGACAUGCCUUCUGCAUCAGCUCCUGCCGAAAUCUAUCGUCAACUCUCGAUUUUAGAGUAUCGUAACCAUGAACUUGAGAGCCGUCUAUCAUCGGAGCAGGCUAUUUCAAUGUCAUGGAAGCACCGCAUUCACGACAUAGAGAAUCGUUUACGAUCUCAAUUGGAUGAUUUGCUGGAGACCACUAAAGAUGUGACAUGUAUAAAGGACGUUGAUUGUGCUAAGAUGCGAUCCGCUAAGCGUGAAGCUUUGUCGAAAGAGGCUUUUGAUUUGCUUAAACUUGCUAGAGUACGUAUUGACGAUGACCGUACCCGUAUUGAGGGUUUUAUGAGUCGUAUCGCUCAGCUGGAGAAAGAGCUUCUGGAGCAGCGUCUUCGUGGCUCAGAUACGGCAAACCAAGGGAUUGAGGUUUUUCCGAGUGUGAGUGUAUCAGGGAGUCAAUGUCAGAAUCCUUGCACGGAGUUGGCCUUGGGGUUCCCGAAGCCAGACGCGGAUUGUGUUAGAAAAAAUCUAGUCUACACUGGCGAUCCUCUAGUUCGUGACAUCGAGUUAUCCCGAAUGGUGAUUAACCAUGAGCCUUGGCCAUAUUAUCGCAAUUUUGGUUCUGCCGCUGCUAUUGUCCCUAGCAUUACCGCUGCUCCUACUGGCUCACCUGAAUGCAGCGGGCGCAAGAAGUUGAUUAGCUUGUACGGCGAGAUUUUGAACCUUAUAAAGAAGAAGAGGCCGAAGAGGAUUAUCCCUGUGGUAAAUAUCGCCAAAGAGGUCAAUACCCCAGUGUUGGCUACUACGGGUGCGAAACUUGUAAGCAAGCGCCGAAUAAGCGCUGAACCCUUGGUACCCUCGCAUAGCGCAUUAAAUAGCGUUUCCGAAGAUGGAAGUGUAGGUGUACAUGAAGGCAAUGAACAAAGUCGCGAGUUAAUCGUUACUCACAGCUUAAACAGUUCGGCUACAUUGGAUGAUGGAGGUUCAUCUAUAAGCGACCACCGCUUCGCGGUGCCAUCGACACUCUCUAUCCAACAUUACUCUUCGUUGAAAACAGAUGACGCGCUUUAUUCGAGUACUGUCUCCGAAUCUGGUCCUGUGGAACCUUCUAAUGAGGACGAUAAAGAUUCGAGCGUACCUCUAGCAGCUAAGGAUUCCUUUGACUACCUUGACAGUGCGAGUUCAUCGGCCGCAGACAUCGAAGUUGUAUCAUCUUCUGGCACUGAAAAUACAGCAUUGUUAUCUUCAAGUUCUGUUGACACCGUUUUAGAUGACGCUAGCGACACUUCGGUUGAGCCGGAACCUGAGAUAGCCCUGUCUGAUGCAAGUGGUCCCAGCGUCAAUGCUGUCAGCGGUGGUGUGGCAAUACAACAUUCUGAUCCAUCUGAGACGGUAUCGCGUAUCAGGACUGCAAGCAAUGAGGUCUUGUCUACUCUAUCUCCGUCACUUUCUUAUGAUUCGGAUUUCAGUGAUGAUGUGACUAAUGUUUCGCGUAGUGUCUCGGAGUCAACAGCAACCUUAUCCAUUGAUACUAGGGUUGAUAAGGGUUCUGUCUUGACACAGGGUGAUAAUCAUUCAGUAAUUACUGAUGAUCAUCCUGACACUGUUUCACCUGUGUCUGGUGAUGGAGACGUUGGCCCAUCCGCUACGCAAGGUUCAGUAUCGUAUGACUCGGAUUUCAGUGAUGAUGUGACUAAUGUUUCGCGUAGUGUCUCGGAGUCAACAACAACCUUAUCCAUUGACACCAGGGUUGAUAAGGUAAUUACUGAUGAUCAUCCUGACACUGUUUCACCUGUGUCUGGUGAUGGAGACGUUGGCCCAUCCGCUACGCAAGGUUCAGUAUCGUAUGACUCGGAUUUCAGUGAUGAUGUGACUAAUGUUUCGCGUAGUGUCUCGGAGUCAACAACAACCUUAUCCAUUGACACCAGGGUUGAUAAGGGUUCUGUCUUGACACAAAGUGAGAAUCGUUCAGUAAUUACUGAUGAUCAUCCUGACACUGUUUCACCUGUGUCUGGUGAUGGAGACGUUGGCCCAUUGGCUAAGCAAUCUUCGCUUUCGUAUGACUCGGAUUUCAGUGAUGAUGUGACUAAUGUUUCGCGUAGUGUCUCGGAGUCAACAACAACCUUAUCCAUUGACACCAGGGUUGAUAAGGGUUCUGUACUGACCCAGAGUGAUGAUCAUCAUCCUGACACUGUCGCUGGAGAUAUUGGUCCAUCUGUAACGUCUUAUUCUUUAGGGUCUAUAGAUACGGAGGUAUCGUCGCAUUCUUCCAAACCGCCGCAACCAAUAGCUGUAAGAGACCACGAUCGUAUAACUACGGAUUUGUUGGAUUAUACAUCGAAACAAUUGUAUGGUUCGGAGAAUACGCUGGCGUGCGGUUCUAUAUUUGGGGAAUCUGGAAGUGUUGAUUUGAGUUUAGAUGGUAAUUCUGACUGUUGCGGAUCUAACAGCAAUGGUAGUACGCCCCGCCGUGUCCGUCCUAUGAUUGAUCAGAAGCGUGAAUUAUGGGACACACGUCUUCUUUUAUUUGAGAAUGUUCCUAUCUUCAAAGAUUUGCCUCGAAACCGUUUGUUUGCUCUGCUUGGUCAUUUUAAGCUUCAAUCUUAUCCUCCUCGUGCUGCGAUAAUCAUAGCUGGUGAGAAGCCUCGUUAUUUUAACAUUCUUGCAUCUGGUACGGUUUCUGCGUAUUCUUACGAGGGUUUUGACAAGCCUAACCGUUUAUUACGUAAAUAUUUGAACGCUGAUUAUUUUGGUGAGUUAUCUGUGAUAAACAACAAGGAAUGUACAUCAUACAUCAUCGCUGAGAGUCACGUGACUGUGCUGGCUCUUCCUGCUAAGAAGUUCGUGAAAUAUUUAUCAGAUUUGUUUCCUAAGUUUAAAGAGCGCGCUCAGGAGGAGUAUGAGAACAGUCGUAAGAGUUUGGAUGAUAGUGUUGGUAAGGUUUUGUCAGCGCCGGCUAUUGAGAAGUUCCCCGAUAUUUUAUCAUUCAUGAGUGCUGUGCCUAUACUGUCAAUAGUGUACAACCCUGAUUCCUUUACUCGUAUGUUUGGUUACAAGGAGUUUGCGGAUAACGCUUUGGUUGCAGAUCCCAUAUCAUCGUUGCGUGAUUUUUGUGUUGUGUAUAGAGGUUGUCUUCGAGUGCAUCUGAAGGAUGAAUCAUCUGCUGGUCCUUGUGACCUUGGCGUCUUAGGCGUUACAUCUUUCAUCGGUGGUGUUAACAUUACCAAUUCUCGUGUAUUGGAUACAAUUGACUCUGCUUGCUUGGUCGCUUCUGGCGAGACUAUAUUGUUAACAUUGGAUUCUGUUACUUUUAAUGACUGUUACAAGAAGACUUCUAAGCAUGUCUGUGAGUACAUUGAGCGUUAUUUUUUGGACAAGUUGCAUGAGCAUGAUUUGUUGCGGUGCGUGGAGCAAUUGUCUUCCCGUCUGGAUGAUUCCACUCCUUCUGGUUCAUUAUCUUGCACUUCAGAGGAUUCUGAUAGUGAUUCCUUCCUUGAUAGUAGCGAUUAUGAGUUGACAUCUGGUGAAGUUUCAGCGGGCGUGGGUUCAUCUGUAUCUGAUGGUAGUGACGGUGUUGCAUCAUCCCCUAGGAGUAUUUCCGAUUCGUGUUCGUAUCUGCAGGAUGCAGUAGAAUCUAGCCGUUCAAGUUUGAAAAGUGUACUAUCUGAUCGUAACACUGUGUCUUCUACCGUUUCGGCCUCGGAUAACCAUAGUGGUUUGAAUGUUCUGAGGUCAAUUACCAACGAUGGUUCGUCUGCGCAAUCUUACAGUUCUCUAUCACCAGUUUCUAGCGAUUUGAGCGAGAGUGGUUCUGCUAUUAGCAGCGUCUGCGUUAGCGAGCCUAUCUUGGGUGUAGACAGUGAGCAAAAGGAAGUAUUGAGUUCGCACGAUGAUCUAUCACCACCACCGAGUGAAUUGGAUGAUUCUGAUGACCUUUCUUCAUCGAGUGCCGACUUGCUCGUGGAGAGUGAUACUUCUGAUACUUUUUCGACCAGUGAAUGUGGCGCUUCAACCAUAUCCAGCGGUCAAUCAUCUGACCCUGUUGUGGUUGAGGAUAGUGCGCCUCGUAAAGUGACAAUCGUGGCUGACUCGGCUCCACAAUUUCGUCGUGGUUUGAAUCGUGUACCUACUGGUAUAUUUCCUCGUAAUGGUAAAGGAUCAUCGCAACGUUUGUUGGAUGCCGUCUUAUCUUCUAAUUCAUUCUCUAGCGAUACUCCUGGUUUCUCUGGAGUUGUAUCUGAAGAUGCCACUAAGAGUUUCAGUGAUUGUUCGGAAAGUGCUGACGGUUAUGAUUCUUCUGACGAUUUGCUGGGUUGUUAUUCGGACGAUGAGAGUAGCGUUAGCCGUAAAAGUUACAACGAGGAUGAGUUGCGUGCUCUAAAGGAUCUUUUGAUAGCUACUAUGAAGAGCAAGUUUUCUUCCUUGGGUGCUGCGUUUAACUUUAUGGAUGCAGAUAACUGUGGAGUAGUAUUUCGGCAACGAUUUUACGAAUCCAUCGAUGAGUUGUGCAUAGCAUCAAUUGAAUCUUAUGAGUUACCGUAUUUGUUUGACAUGUUGAAGGAGCGUGACCGUGAGGUUCUGACUGUCUCAUCUCUUUAUCUUAACAGCGGUGAUCGUGUGACAACCGCUCGUGAGUUGUGUGACCGUUUACAGGAAGUUUAUGGUAGUGCUCGUUUAGCAUUUGAGAAGCAUUUUGGUCCUCUUAAGAUGAGUUCAACAUGUGCUGAGGCUGAUUUUGUGUUAUUGGCUAUGAGCGUUGGUGUUAGUGAGGCUGAUGUGAAGUGUAUUUUCAAAGAGUUGGACAUUUGUGGUAAUGGUUACGUUACUGUGGUUACGAUGUUAAAAUUGAUGCGUGGUGACUGGACGGUUGAGGUGGCUUUUGAUAAGGAGUCAUCUGCGGUAUCUAGUUACAAUCAGGUAUUGGGUUAUUGGCAGAAUGACGAUUAUGAGACGUUUCGUAAGGAAUUUUCUAACCCUUACGUGUGCGUGUUUGACAUUCUUGAGUAUGGUGUGGAUAUUUCGGUUAUUGACACUAGUUGGGAGGAGUUUACUGUGUUAUCUCAAGAUUUACCUGGUAUAACACGUUACAUGGAUACUAUCAUUUUGCCAUCUGUUGAUUCAAACCCAUAUUUCAAGAUGUUAUCUAUGGUUCAGCGUCGUUUUGUUGCUUCUCUGUUGGUUGAAUCUCGUCAUGACUGUGAUAGUGUGAUUUUUUCUCAGGGUGAUGAUAAUUACCCGCUGUAUUUAUUAUUAUCUGGUUCCGUUAAGUCUUCUUACACAACGUAUCUGUAUAUGGAGUCGGAAUCUACGGAUAUAUCUGUGGGUAGUUGGCUUGAUUUUGAGAACUUUGUGCAGAAUUUACCUUCUACAAGUACGUAUAAGGUUGGAUCGGAUAACAUUGCAUUGUUGGCAUCUAUCCCUCGUGCUAUGUUUAACGAGGUUGUUUUACCUAUGGUAACUAUGCGUUCGAAGCGUGUUGCUGUGAUAUCUACAUUUUUAUCUAAGGUGCCUUGCCUUGAAGGUUUGGACGCUGUUGAUAUUGAUCGCAUAGCGUGUGCUAGCGUUGUACGUAAGCGUAAGUUGCAUGAGACAAUUUUCCGUGAGGGUGAUUCUCCGGAUUGGUUGUACAUCGUGUUUGAUGGCUGUGUGGAUAUUAAAGUGUCGGGUGCUAAUGAGCAGAGUGCGUACAGUGUUUCUACAACUGCGGUGCUUGGCGCGGAAGAGAUUACUGGUGGACUGUCCGGUUACCAGAGUAGCGCAAUCGCCAAUUCACCUAGCGUGUUGUUAUUUUGUUGGUUAUCGUCUACUUUUUCUUCUGUAUUUGGUUCCGCUAUUGAGCGUAUUUCUCAGGCAUCCAUUAAACGUUUGGACACAUUACAGCAGCUUUUGCAAAAAUCUCAGUCUGUUAUGGGAAAGAGCAAGAAAUCAGUUUCGUUUUCAUUUAACAUGUCUAGCGAUAUUGAUUAA